AUGCGAGGCGAGUCUGUCUUUGACAUCGCCAUCGACUUCUACGGUGACAUGCGGGACGAUCGGAUCUCCGCCGUCCUCCAAGAAGUGAAGGGCAACAGCGCUAACGUGCUCGUCCUCGACCAGAAGCUCGUCCCCUGGUUUCCCCUCCAUGUCUCCGAGCUCGAUGCCAUUGCCACCCGCACACUCGACGCAGGAGCGGAGCUGAAGAGCGAUCAUCCGGGGUUCCAUGACGCGACUUACAGGCAGAGGAGGCAGAUGAUCGCAAGUCUGGCCAACCAGCACAAGCAUGGGAGCCUGCCACCCCUGCUGGAGUACACGGAGGAGGAAAUAGCGACUUGGCGCACAGUAUACGACAACUUGGAGCCGAUGACGAACAAGUUCGCGUGCAGGCAGUACCUGGACAUCGUCGCUGAGAUGCGGAGUGAAGGAGUUGUGACUCGAGAUCGCAUACCACAGCAACGAGACGUCUCGGCUUUCCUCGAGGAGAAGACUGGCUUCACUGUCCGCCCUGUCGCUGGCCUCCUUUCCUCCCGCGACUUCCUCAACGGCCUCGCCUUCCGCACGUUCUUCAGCACCCAGUACAUGCGCCAUCACUCGCUUCCUCUCUACACCCCCGAGCCUGACCUCUGCCACGAGAUCAUCGGGCACGCCCCCAUGUUCGCAGACCCGGACUUCGCCGACUUCUCGCAGGCCAUCGGGCUUGCCUCCCUCGGGGCGUCGGAGGAGGACGUGAAGCGGCUUGCCACCUGCUACUGGUUCUCCGUUGAGUUCGGGCUCUGCCGGGAGGAAGGCGAGGUGAAGGCGUACGGGGCGGGCCUGCUGUCAUCUUUUGGCGAGCUGGAGUAUGCAUGCUCGCCCACGAGACCAGCUGGAGGAAAGCUGGAGGCUCCUGCCAUCGAGGCAUGGGACCCCUGGGUGGCUGCUCAUCGGAGUUACCCGAUCACUGAGUACCAGCCAACCUACUUCUGUGCUGAGAGCCUCCAAGAAGCCAAGGAGAGGAUGCGAGACUUCUGCGAGCAAGGCCUCAAGCGCCCUUUCCAUGCUCGCUUCCACGAGCUCUCGCAGUCUGUUUGGGUGGAUCGAAACGUCGCGCGAUCGCCUCCUUGA